AUGGCGGGAUCCCUCGUGAGUUCAACCAACGUUCAGGCACGUUCUGCACUCGAUUGGAUCGACGAGGCGUUGGUCGAACUCGACGCCGCGCAGUUGCUACGCCGCUUACGAAUCAAUGAACGGUUGGGGCCCGUCCGCUGCCGCAUUGAUGGUCGGGAACUGAUUGAUUUUGGUUCCAACGAUUACCUCGGCCUGGCGGCAGAGCCGCGGGUGAUUGAAGCCGCCGGAGCGAAUCAUGCGCACUGGGGUUCGGCCGCAAGUCCGCUGGUGGGCGGGCAUACUCCUUCGCACGAACGGUUGGCUCGAAAGUUGGCCGAGUUCGAAGGGACGGAAGCCGCGCUGGUGUUUGCGUCCGGCUAUGCGGCGAAUGUGGGCGCGAUUACAUCGCUUGUUGGCAAGGGCGAUGUGAUCUACAGCGACGAACUCAACCAUGCCAGUAUCAUCGACGGUUGUCGCUUGUCCCGGGCAGCGAUUCGCCCCUAUCCGCACGGCAACGCCACCGCGCUUGCCGAGUUGAUGGCCGACGACUCAGUCACUGGCCGGCGGCUGAUUGUGACCGACAGCCUGUUCAGCAUGGACGGCGAUGCGGCUCCCCUGGUCGAACUUGCAGAGUUGGCAGAUAAGCACGGCGCGAUGUUGAUGGUCGACGAGGCUCACGCCACGGGCGUGUUCGGCCGCACGGGACGUGGCUUGUGCGAAGAACUUGCGAUCGAAGAUCGGGUUCACAUUCGUGUGGGUACGCUUAGCAAGGCGCUCGGUUCCGUCGGCGGAUUUGUCUCUGGCCGGCGUUCGCUCAUCGAUUGGUUGAUCAAUCGGGCCCGACCUUAUGUGUUCUCGACCGCUCAUCCGGCGGCUGCCUGCGAGGCUGCGGAAGAAGCAUUGUCCAUCCUGAUGGCACAACCGGAACGUGGGCACGAAUUGCAAGCGCGUGCUGCCAAGUUGCGAGAAAAGCUAUACUCUCAAGGCUGGAACCUCGGGCCUUCGAGCAGCCAGGUGAUUCCCCUGAUUGUGGGCGGGGCCGAAACGGCGUUGGAACUUUCGCAAGCGUUAUUCCAACAGGGCUUCUUCGUGCCGGCGAUCCGCCCGCCGUCGGAGAACACAGUGAUGGCGGACCACUCUCACGACCUGGUCGUGUUGACCACAGCCUCGAAUGAAGGCGAUGCGAAGCUGAUCACCGAGGUGCUCGAGGAAGAGGGCAUUCACGCCACGGUCGAUGGCGAGUUCGCCUCCGGGUUUUUGGCCGACGCGCCGAUGACUGUGCGGGUGCUGGUUCAGAAAGAUGAUGAAGCGAAGGCCAAAGAGACGCUGCAGCGAAUUCGGGAUGAGGAUGACCGAAUCGACUGGUCGAAAGUCGAUGUGGGCGAACCAGAGGAUUGA